AAACGGGGCGUAAAAACCAAGCGCCGCCCGGUGCGGGGACACGGAGGAUCUUAUGGUUCUCCAGCACAGCUCCUGCCUGCCAAACCUCACCUCCUAGGCCAGCCGACCCAUGAGCGGGCACCGCAGCAGCAGGAGGAGAUGUGGGGAGGCCCAGGCCGAGGCCCCCGCGGGCUGUGGGCACGGCCCCGGGGCUGGGUGUGUGCUCAGCAAGCUGGUGCAGCUGCCCACGCCCCCCCUGAGCAAGCACCAGCUCAAACGGCUCGAGGAGCACAAGUACCAGAGCGCGGGCAGGUCCCUGCUGGAGCCACUCAUGCAGGGCUACUGGGAAUGGCUGGUGGGCAGAGUGCCCGCCUGGAUCGCCCCCAACCUCAUCACCAUCGUCGGACUGUGCAUUAACAUCCUCACCACCCUGCUGCUGGUGUGGUACUGCCCCACAGCCACAGAGCAGGCACCUCCCUGGGCAUACAUUGCUUGUGCUUGUGGCCUUUUCAUCUACCAGUCCCUGGAUGCCAUAGAUGGAAAACAAGCCAGGAGGACAAACAGCAGCACUCCCCUGGGAGAGCUCUUUGAUCAUGGCUGUGAUUCCUUGUCCACAGUCUUUGUGGUUUUGGGAACUUGUAUUGCUGUGCAGCUGGGCACCAACCCUGACUGGAUGUUCUUUUGUUGUUUUGCUGGGACAUUCAUGUUUUACUGCGCUCACUGGCAGACCUACGUCUCGGGCACGCUGCGCUUUGGGAUAUUCGAUGUGACAGAGUCCGUGCUCUGCACUGUGGCCAUCCAGCUGCUCUCGGGAAUUCUGGGACCCUGGGUCUGGAAUUGCACGAUUCCAAUCCUGAAUAUCCAGGUGAAAAUAUUCCCAGCUCUCUGUACUGUGGCAGGAACCAUCUUCUCCUGCACCAACUACUUUGGUGUGAUCUUCACAGGGGGAGUUGGCAAAAAUGGCUCCACCAUAGCAGGCACGAGCGUGCUGUCCCCAUUCCUGCACAUCGGGGCCGUGCUCGCCCUGGCCGUGAUGAUCUACAAGAAAUCGGCCGUGCAGCUCUUCGAGAGACACCCCUGCCUCUACAUCCUCACCUUCGGCUGCGUCUCCGCCAAGAUCACCAACAAGCUGGUGGUUGCUCACAUGACCAAGAGCGAGAUGCACCUGUACGACACAGCUUUCCUGGGCCCAGCUCUGCUCUUCCUGGACCAGUAUUUCAACAGCUUCAUCGACGAGUACCUCGUGCUCUGGAUCGCCCUGGUGCUGUCCCUGCUGGACCUGCUCCGCUACUGCGUCAGCGUCUGCUCCCAGAUCGCCGCCCACCUGCACAUCCACGUGUUCCGCAUCCAGGGCCGCCCCUCCCACUCCAACCACCACUAGGGAACCGGGAGCCGCCAGGAAAACCAGGAAAGGGUUGCUCUGCUGCGUGACCGGGUGACGGAGGAGAGCGGAGGCGCGACGAGACCCAAGUAAUUAAUAAUCGCGAUCGCUUUGUCUGACUCUGGCUCUGGGACCGGGGACACUCCCCGACAGUCUCCUGCCUCGGGAGAGCCCAUUCCAGAGGCAGCUCCGCAGUCAGCCCCGUCGGUUCCGGGCCUGGGAACGGCACGCAGGGAUAACGCUCUGUCUUUGUGAUUCCCUUGAUUCCAAAUUAACUCUCUGGCGAACGGAUCCCCACGAGUCUCUAACGUAGUGUCAGUGCAGCCAGAUCUGCUUUGGGUUCUAAUCUCUCAUCAUCUCCUAGUGAAAUACUCCCGUAGUUCCACUCAGAUUGAUUUUACUAAAGACCCGAGCUGGUUAAACACACAAACACCCCGAGGUAUCUCACUGCCUUGCCUUGGAGCCCGGGCUGGGCUGGUUUUUCUUUUUUUUUUUUUUUUGUUUGUGUAUUUGGAAAAACGAACAAACAAACAGAGAAAAAAGCGGGGGUUUUUGUGCUGGAAAGAAAAAAAGGACGUGUUGAACAGGGUUCUGCAGGCAAAGGGGUGCCCGGCAUGCAAAAUAGUGUGGUAUCUUUGUCUCAAUUAAUUUUAUUUUUUUAAAUAAACGUUAUCUAAAAAAAAAGAAAACAACUUUAUUUCGAAACGAUUUUCUUCGGUGGAAAAAGACUAUAAAGAAGGAAGAAAGAAAGAAAGAAAAUUUUACUGUUUACUUUUUUAUGUAUAAAAACUUAAGGCAAAAUUUCCUUUCUGCUCUUAAUAAAGAAGAAUUCUGAGGGCGACA